AUGUCUGACGCUGCCUACAACGUCUUCGGCCUCGUCGCAAAUGUCUUCGGGAUGUUCAGCUUCGCUGGUCUCUACAUCUUCGUCAAGAGCAUGCUCCCCAUUAAUCACUCCAAAAAGCUCGAUGAGAUCCUGGUCGAGACACGUGCCCACCUGGCUUUUGUCCUCGAGGAAGGUCGCCUGUCCGACGGUAACUUCAUCACCGAAAUCUGGAAAGAGCUUGACGAUUACCAAGCACGUGCGAGUGAUUUCAGGAUCAUAACUCACCGCGCAGGCUGGUGCAAACAAUUGAAGGGUAUCUUCGGCUUAUCAUUCAAGAUCUGGCGAGUUUAUCGUCAGGUGAAGGAGGCGAAGAAAAGGAUUUUGAACAAGGCCUCUGUAAACGAGUCGCGGUACGACAAUCAAACGAGAGAUGACGUACCGGGAUACUCCGUCGACUGGGACGACGAGAAGUGCGACGGUCUCUCAGACAGCUCGUCUGAAGAGGGUCUACUCACCUUCCAAGACAACGCCCGCGCCCCGGGUGAUACGCAGGGUCCUCCUGCGUAUUCCACAAAUUUUGAAUGGACAAAAUUUGACGAAUACACUGAAGAACAGCGGACCACGGACGGUGAUGCUGGUACGUCCACUUCCGACCAGAUCCAGUUUAGCGCGCUCACGAUUGAUCCAGAGUCUACUAGUACUACGAGCACCAGCACCUUAGUAGGCGGCUGCGCGAACCUUACGCAGCGGGCACUCACCUGUCCUGGUCCCUCGUCGGUCGUUUGGGUUGGUUUGCGGCUCGCCGCCAUCCCAUUGACCGCGACUAUCCCGCAAUCGAUAGUCGGAUCCCCACGCCGCAUGUGA